AGAUAUGUUCUGAGUAGCUGAAAUAAAGCUGAAAUUCGGGACCCGAUCGAGAAUAUGUCAUACACAUGUCGACAAGAGAUCAUAGUCAUAGAAGACUCUGAAACUUGUAACCGAGCUUUCGAAGAUUACAUCCUAAAGCCAGCUCUGCAGUUCAUUGGACUAGAUUGUGAGUGGAACACAAACAGGCCGGUAUCACUACUCCAAAUCGCCACCCCUACCAUAGUCCUCCUGGUAAGGGUGUGUAAGCUUAACUUUACACUUCCUGAAAACGCCAAGCUAGUUCUUGAGGAUCCUACCAUUUACAAGGUGGGUGUGAAUAUAGAGAAUGACAGUGACAAACUGGGAGAAGAUUGUUUCUGCAAGAUAAAAAGUUGGGUAGACCUGCGGCAUGUGGCAAUACGCAGUAAAUCAUGGGCCAAGUGUAUUGUUGAGCAGGUGGAGAAUCUAGAGUUCACUCUGCAGUAUUACGACCAAGUAGACCAGAACUCUGAGAGUGCAAAGCAAGCGAACGUUAAGCGACUCUGUUGGUGCCCCAAAAUGGGUCUUGAGUCCCUGAUAGCUGACUGUAUGGUCCGAACACUACCCAAAAAUACGUCAGCAAGAUGGUCAGAUAACUGGGAAAGUAAUGUUCUCCAAUCAAACCAAAAGACCUACGCGGCUAAUGAUGCUACAGCCUCACUAGACAUAUUUGUAGCUUUAGUUUACUCUUCUGUCAGUGGCAAAGAACUCCCUGUCGACGAGACUUUCGAUGUUGCUGUUAUUGUUGACAAAUACCUCAACGAUCUAGAGAAUGCCUGUAAAGGGUUACUUGAUGCAACAUUUAUGCAGACAAAGGAAGAUAUGAAUAGGAUCUAUGGAGCGAUUGAAGCAACAGCUCCAGACUUAGAUAUCAAAGCUUACUACACCAAACCGCAGUCUACCAAAUCGAAAAAGGAGAAGAACGAAAGGAAGGAAUUCUAUAAGAAAAAAGCCCGAGAAUCUGCCACCCAAAAGCCAGCUUCUCCUAAGAAUACAUUCCCUGCUCAACCAACCCCAGUUAAACCAAUCCCAGUCAAGAUGCACACAGAAUCAGAACACUUACCUACAGCGGAAGAAUCUGACUUAAACCCAGAUCUAGACUCGUCCAGGGGCUCUCAUACUAUCCGUGAGAUUACACAAGCACUUGCUCACACUAAACUUAAUUCUAAAACUCUGACCGAGAACUUUCUUACCAUGCAGUCCGACAAAACAUCUUCAGACGACAUAGAGUCCAUAAACUUUCUCCAUUUUCCUAUUUUGUUCUAUUUCAAGCACAUUACAGACAAGAAAGCCUCUUUAAUCCCUGGCUACAGCUAUGGGCGUGGUUCUAUCCCACCUGCCAACUAUAGGCGACUCAGAACAGUAGACUCUGACACUCAAACUGAGUUCCCAUUCAAGGAAACGGAUUUCAAAAGAGUGUUUCCUUCUUAUGUUAAAUCUGGUUUAAUCAGUGAAUCAGAACGAAACUCCAGUGCAAAUACUGAUUGCAGCUUAAUUUUCCGACCCCAACCCGUAAACAAACCUCUUUAUCGAAGAGAGUCCCCCUUACCCAAUUCGACUACAGACGACGAACAGUGUUCAGUAUCCAGCUGCACCUCCUCAAAUUAUCAAUCUUCAGUCAGUAAGAAUAGUAAAUCCAAGGGUCGUGGAAGAGGAAGAGGAAUGGCAGCUUCUUCGAUUGGGAGUUCAAGAAAUAUGGACAGUGACGGUGAUAUCAACUUGAAAAAAGGUCGAGGUAGAGGUCGUGGUGCGAUAGUGUCUGAGACCAGAGCUCCAAAAUCAGAUGCUGGAGCAGAUUUUGAACCAGAGAAAGUAGCCUUCGACAGCUACGAUAUCAGAUACCAAGAUGCAGACGAGGGUGGAAAUAGACCAAACGCUUUGAACCUGGAUGAUCGAUCUAGAAGACCUACUGAAUCCUCAGUAUCCUCAGCUGCUACAAUACGUCAACCGUCAGUAGUUUCUGAAACAAAUCCUCAGCCCGAGCUCACGACACCAACAAACUCCUUUGUAAACGCUCAACAGAAAUCUACAUUCGAAGACGAAUUCUUCGAUACACGUUCAACAUACAGCACCUUUUCUAUUCAGGACUUAAUGGCUGAUAAUGUACUUGAUCAGCACCCCGCUCCCGAUACUAGAAACUCAUUCAACGACAGAGGAUACUCUGCAGGCAGUAGAGGCACUUACAGUAAUGCUACCGGUAAUAGAGGCAGUUACAGUAAUGCCGCCGGUAAUAGAGGCAGUUACAGUAAUGCUGCCGGUAAUAGAGGCGUUUACAGUAAUGCUGCCGGUAAUAGAGGCGGUUAUAAUAAUGCUGCUAGACAGGGCAAUAUCUCAGGAAACGUGUCCUCAUCUGCUCGGCAAAGCAAUCCGUAUGCCAACAAACCUUCCAGCAGACCAAACCACAUUAACCAAAACUAUGAGUAUAAGACUGAUGUGUUUCGUCAAGCGGUUGAGAGAGGAGCAAAUAGUCUUCAUGUUGGAACAGGAACAGGUGAGAGGCCUCAAAAAGAAGUUGUUGCAUUCGACUGGAAUAAAUUUAGGGAGGAAACAGGCAUACCCACUGCAUCCGAGUCCAGUCCGAAUAACACUGCUCAAAUUGUAGACCUAGAGUUUUCUGAUGAUAGCGAUCUCGACUGAUUAGAUCAUGGAGACUUUUCUGUUUUUGACUGCCGUUGUUGUGAUGAUCACGACAGUUAGUUGUAGUAGGAUUAUGGAGGUGGGCUUGCCACUCUUCUGAAUCCAGCAAAUUGGUUUGGGUAGGAAUGGGACCACUGCCCCUUCCCCAUUGCAGCCAGUUAUUUGUUUAAACAGUUAGGGUUUAACCAAGAUUAAGAGUUUUUUGGGUUUAUCGAUCGAGUUAAGAAAAAUUGUUGAUGUCACUUGAUUUUCAAUUAAAUGAUUUUUAUUCACAUGUUUUUUUCAAUAUUAUUGUUAUAAUUGCAAGGAUACACCUCUAUUUCAAUGAAGGACGAAUGAUUUUAAUGUUAAAGUGUCACAUCGAAUAUAUUUUUGCGAUUUGAUGGUAAAGAAAUACUAUUUCUGACCGUUGUACAGAUUUAGUGAGGUAGGAAAUGUUUUUAUUAUCAAGUUUAUUGUUUCAGUACCAAUUGAAAAUAUUUGACAUAAUUAUUUGUCUAUUACUGCUCUGUUUAUCAUUACUAACUUAUCAAUGGAAAGUUAAUCAUGAUAUGUCAAACGCCUAAAUUGAAUCAUAAGAUC